AUGGGGGGGGUGGUGGCAGCUCAGGGAAGGGGGUUGAUGUUGGGGCGUGGGUGGUUUGGGAAGCUGGGGCUGGCUGGGGGACGGGGCUUGGCAAGUGUGGUGGAGACAGCGCAGCUUGUGGCGCGCGACCGUCGUUUUGGUGAGUGGUGCUUCGUGGACCGUAUGCAGCUCCGUGAAGCCAGUGGCCACGAGUUUGUGGUGUAUCGCGUCGGCCCCCACGAUGCGGGCCUUUGCUCUCUGCGUCCCAUCGUCUUUGUGGACUUGGCCCCCGUGGAUCAAGUCAUGACCGUUGGUCGGCCUUGCGUCAUGGUGGAGGAUCCCGCUGGCGAGAAGCGCCGCCUGCCUUCACCCGUCUCCGGUGACAUUGUCGCGUGCAAUGAGGCGCUACUGGCAAGCGAGCCACAGGCCCUCCUCGAAAACCCUGAAACAGCCUGGUUUCUGGAAAUUGCACCCUACUGCGAACCCGACGAAGACGACGAGGACUGGGCUGCCCUCGCAGUCACCCCGCCAGUCUAG